AUGUCCAAGACUGGGAUCGAAGUGCAAAAGGAAAAGGAUUUUUCCACAUGGUAUCAACAGGUAUUGACACGCUCGGACAUGCUUGAAUACUAUGAUAUCUCUGGCUGUUAUGUUAUUAGGCCACUAGCGUACAAUAUCUGGCAGGAGAUCGAAAAAUUCUUUGAUGCGGAAAUAAAAAAACUUGGCGUCGAAGAUGCAUAUUUCCCCAUGUUUGUAUCGCAACGAGUACUGGAGAAAGAAAAGGCGCACAUUGAAGGUUUUGCCCCCGAGGUUGCAUGGGUCACCAAAGCUGGCUCUUCCAACUUGGAGGAACCCAUUGCCAUUAGGCCAACGUCAGAGACUGUAAUGUAUCCAUACUUUGCAAAAUGGAUUCGAAGCCAUCGCGAUUUGCCAUUGAAACUCAAUCAGUGGUCUCAUCUUACCAAGGAAGAGGCUGAUGUCGAAGUGCGCGAUAUUCUCGAACUGUAUCGUCAGGUGUACGAAGAUCUUCUUGCAGUGCCCGUAAUCAAAGGCGUUAAAUCUGAAAAAGAAAAAUUUGCCGGAGGCCUCUACACCACCACUAUUGAGGGCUUUAUUCCUACUACAGGUCGUGGAAUCCAAGCAGCCACUUCACAUUGUCUUGGUCAAAAUUUCGCAAAAAUGUUUGAUAUCGUUAUUGAAGACCCGUCGGUCACGGAUGGGACCGCAAAGAAAAUCCACGUAUGGCAAAACUCGUGGGGAUUAACGACGCGUACGAUCGGUGUUAUGGUAAUGACUCAUGGAGACAACAAAGGAUUGGUGUUGCCACCGCGCGUGGCAAAUUUACAAGUCGUGGUCAUUCCAUGCGGUUUGACUGCAAAAUCUAAAGAGGAGGAUAGAAAGAAAGUUGAAGAUAAAAUCCAGGAAGUUUUGACAGAAUUGAAGUCGGUUGGAGUCAAAGUCAAGGCGGAUUUGAGAGAUAAUUACACUCCGGCAUAUAAAUAUAAUCAUUGGGAGUUAAGGGGUAUUCCCCUACGCUUGGAGAUAGGUCCUCGGGAUGUAUCCUCAAAUCAAGUAAUGGGAAUCCGUCGCGACACUUUUGAGAAAAAACCAAUUCCUUUGUCCGAGCUUACUACCCGCGUCCCCGAACUUUUAAAUACUAUUCAACGUGAAAUGUUUGAAAGGGCCAAGAAAACAUAUGAUGAGCACGUCAAGAUAGUUUUAAAAUGGGACGAUUUUGUUCCAAUGCUGGAUGCCAAAAACUUUGUACUGAUUCCGUGGUGUGAAACUGAGCAAUGCGAGGAUCAGAUAAAGGAAAACAGUGCAAGAAAGGCGACUCAAGACGAGCCUGAAGAUGAACGUGCGCCAUCUAUGGGAGCAAAAUCUUUGUGUAUUCCGUUUGAUCAACCAAAGAACCCGCCAAUUGUCGUUGGAGAGACAAAAUGCGUGGCGUGUGGUAGCGAUGCUAAACGAUAUUGUUUGUUCGGUAGGAGUUAUUAG